CUCUCUCCUCCCUGUGACGCGGUCCCGGGCUGCGCUGCUCUCUGGUCCCGUCUCAGCUCAAACCCCCUUGAGUUGGUGCGUCCGUCGUCCUCCCAACCUGCGGUGCGGUGUGUGACGCGCGGUGCGGUGCGGUGCGGUGCGUUGCGGUGUGUGACGCGCGGUGCGGUGCGGUGCGUUGCGUUGCGGUUACCCGGUGUCCUUUCUGCUCCACGCCGCCCGCCUUGUCCCGCGUACCAGCGAACUGUCUCCACACUCCUGUGCCGGAGGAGACGGGAGAGAACCCGAGGCGCCGAGCGACGAGGAGAGGGCGGAACGGAGGCGGAGGAGAGUGGGAAGAAGAAGAGAGAAGAGUAGUCGCGGCAGUCCCCCUCCGGUCGCCCGGACUGAAUCUGCGCCGCCGUGAAGAUGCUGAGGAGAGCCGGCGUGUUGUUGGCCGUGGUGGCUCUGGGGUUGAGCGCCGCUCACACCAAAGUGAAUAAACACAAGCCGUGGAUUGAGACAUCGUACCACGGGGUGAUCACCGAAAACACGGACGUGGUGCUGCUGGACCCUCCUCUGGUGGCCCUGGACAAAGACGCCCCCAUCCCCUACGCAGGGGAGAUCUGUGCGUUCAACAUCCACGGGCUGGAGGCCCCGUUCAAGGCGGUGGUGCUGAACGGGACGUCCGGCGAGGGCCAGCUGAGGGCCCGCGGCCUGGUGGACUGCGAGCUGCAGAAGGAGUACACCUUCAUCAUACAGGCCCACGACUGCGGUUCGGGCCCCGAGGGCGCGGAGGGGAAGAAGUCCCACAAGGCGGUGGUGCACAUCCAGGUCAACGACGUGAACGAGUUUGCGCCAGUGUUCCGGGAGCCGCAGUACCACGCCGCGGUGACGGAGGGCAAGAUUUACGACAGCAUCCUGCAGGUGGAGGCCACUGACCAGGACUGCUCCCCACAGUACAGCCAGAUAUGCAACUACCAGAUCACCACAAGCGCUACACCCUUCGCGAUAGAUCGCAAUGGUAACAUCCGGAACACGGAGAAGCUGAGCUUCGACCGCCAGCAGCAGUAUGAGAUCCAGGUAACCGCCUGGGACUGCGGCCAGAAGAGGGCGCUGCAAAGCGUCCCCGUCCGCAUCGACGUCAAGCCCGUCUGCAAACCUGGCUGGCAAGGUUGGAAUAAACGAGAGGACUAUGAGCCUGGAACGGGAAGUAAGCAGCUGUUUCCCAAGAUGCACCUGGAGACCUGUGGGGGGCCGCUGUCGUCGGUGAGGACCACAGUGGAGCUGCAGACCAGCCACAUCGGGAAGGGCUGCGACCGGGAAACCUACUCUGAGAAAUCUCUACAGAAGCUCUGUGGGGCCUCGUCGGGCAGCACCGACCUUCUUCCUGCCCCCAGCGCCGCCACCAACUGGACGGCUUCGCUGGUGACCGACAGCGGGCGGGACAGCGACUUGAUCUUCAGGUUCGACGGGCGGCAGGCGGCGAAGAUCCCUGACUGGGUCGUGCCGCAGAAUCUGACGGACCAGUUCACCAUAGCGACGUGGAUGAAGCACGGGCCCAGUCCCGGACUCAGAGCCGAGAAGGAGACGCUACUCUGUAACUCGGACAAGACGGAGAUGAACCGUCAUCACUACUCACUGUACGUCCACAACUGCCGCCUGGUGUUUCUGCUCAGGAGAGACUUCACUCAGGUGGACACGUUCCGACCGGCCGAGUUCCACUGGAAGCUGGAGCAGAUCUGUGACAAGGAGUGGCACUACUACGUCAUCAACGUUGAGUUCCCGGGGGUGACACUCUACGUGGACGGCGUGACCUACGACCCUUACCUGGUGACGGACGACUGGCCCAUCCACCCGUCGCAGAUCGACGUGCAGCUGACAGUGGGCGCCUGCUGGCAAGGCGGGGAGGUGACCAAGCCGAGGUUCACUCAGUAUUUCCGGGGCAGCCUGUCGGGACUGACCAUCCGACCGGGGAAGAUCGAGAGUCAGAAAGUCAUUUCCUGUCUGCAGGCCUGCAAAGAGGGACUGGACAUCAACUCCCUUGAGAGCCUGGAUAAGAGCAUAAAGUUCCACUUCAACCCGGCCCAGUCCAUCCUGGUAAUGGAGGGAGAGGACCUGGAGAACAUGAACACUGCCGUGAGGAAGGUCUCCUACAUCAACUCUCGCCAGUUCCCCACACCGGGCAUCCGACGUCUCCGCAUCUCCACCACUGUCCAGUGUUUCGGUGAGGACACGUGCAUCACCAUCCCGGACAUCGAGGCGGUGGUGAUGGUGCUCCAGCCCAGCGAGCCCAGGAUCACCAUCACCGGAGCGGAGAGACUGAGCCGGCCGGCGUCCGGCCUCAGAACACAAGGCGGCGUGGCACUUUUCCAGGACCUCCACAUCAGCAGCACAGUGACCAGGGCAGACGCCAGCGCACAUCACACAGCACGUCGCCCCGGGGUGCUGGAGGAGAUCAUUCAUAACUUGGACUAUUGCGACGUCCUGGUGCUGGGGGAGGAGCUGAGGCCAGAGCAGGAGUCCCUGCAGCUGCAGCGGAGCGCGCUGCUCGGGAAACACCUCGACGCCACAAACUCCACCUCGGGAAUGUCCAUAUACGGUGUGGACUCCAUGUCCAACUACGAACAGGUGAUCCGACAGGUGCGUUACUUCGCCUGGCAGCCUGCGCCGCUGGCGGACAGGAGAUUUCGCCUCACCUGCUCGGAGCUCAACGGACGCUACACCAGCAAUGAGUUCAACCUGGAGGUGAGCGCGCUGCACAGCUCCGAAGCCGGGGAACACGUCAGUCACAUGGUGGCCCCGCCUCAGUACAUGCAGGUGGUCCACCAUCCGUCCAUGAUGCACAGCCUGUACCCGAGCCACAGCUCCGGCGUACCGAGCGCUGCCACGGUGGUAAUCGUGAUGUGUAUCGCCGCCCUGGUGGUGGUGGUGGUGCUGGGCAUCUACCGCAUUCACCUGAACCACCAGCAGGAGGUCAAGCUGGCCGAGGCGGCGAGAGAGGCGGACGUGAGCUCGGCUCUGUCGAUCACCGUCAACCCAAUGGAGAACCUGGAGGAUCCUCAGGCUGCAGAGGGGGAGGUCAGUGAGGAGGAGGAGGAGGAGGAGGAAGAUGACGAGGAUGACGAGGAAGAAGAAGACGACAUCACCAGCGCCGAGUCAGACGACAGCGAGGAGGAUGUGGACGUCCAGCUACCCAGGAUGCAACGCUCAAGCACAAAGGGCCAGAACUGGGACAAAACAACGAUAUCUUAUUGAAACACACACAGUCACAGUCACACACACACACACACACACACACACACACACACACUCCGCAACAUGUCCAUACACAAACCUCAAAUCAGAGGGUUGAAAUAAAAAGACUUUAUGUAAUGUUGAUGAUCUAAAAUGAGGUAAUAUGUUUUAUUACUGGAAGAUGACACUUAAACACACACACACACAAACACACACACACACACACACACACACACACAUGAACACACGCACACACACGAACAGAGUGCAAUGAUUUAACAAUAGCCUUGUCUGAAAAACCUCCCGUUUUAUACAACUGAUAAGAAUUGAAAUGACACAACCUCGCUGGCCAAUCAAAUGGCUCGCUUCCUUCUUAAAGGGACAGCUCGUCAAAUUUAGGUGACGUCUUUCCUCCGCCCGUUACAGUGUCCACGCCAUCAACUACAGUCUUUAGUGAAAAGUUGUUCGAAUCCCAUGUCGUCGAUUGAACCCCUGCGCCGCACAUCCACUUCAACGUGUGUCCGAUUUCCGCCGUGAGAUUUUCCGAUGUCUUUAUUUAAGAAAACUUAGUUGCAAAAAAAAAAAAGUUAAAGACUAUUUUUUGGUUUGUAUAUUUGUUAUGUCAUCUGCCGGUCUUUAUUCCAGCCUACAUGGCGAAGCCAGGUGAUUUUACAGAGAAAAAAAAAGCAUAUUUUCAAUGGUACUCAAAAAACAUAACAAAAGACAAAAAAAGAUGAUCGGUCGUGCCGUCGCAGACGUCGUGUUGGACAAGCCGAGGGCUCUGAGUUCCGGGGGUCUUGGGAGAGACAGAGGAGUCUCCUUGUACAUUUUUAUACGCCUCCUUUCUUGUAAAUAGUGAGUAUAGUAGGUGACCCUCCCGCACCCUCCCUCCACCCGGGGACCCUCCUCCGCCUGUACACAACACACACGCCACCUCCUCACAUACAUGUAUAUAUGUACACACCCCGGGGUCUCUGCCGACGAGACGCCCUCAGUUCCUCCCGUGUGUUUUCGAGCUCGGUGUUCAAAUCAUUCCAGCUGACGGCGACCUUUGUGCGUUUGCGUGGGCGGAUGUGCCACUGCCUCCACGGCGACCGGCACCCUGUUCACGCCCCGGCGCUGACCUCCGACCCGACCGAUGCGAUCACGGGCGGAGGCCUGGCCACACACGAAGGGCCGCCGUUCCUCCGACUCGCUACAGUUUCACAAAGGAGCCAAAGUAUUGUCUCAGUCAUCUCAGUGGCCCCUACGUGGAUUUGUUCGUGGCCGCAAUAUCAGCACUGACCCCCACGUAAUCAUUUCUAUCGUUUUGGUUUUUUAUAAAGGAGUCCUCGUCGCCAGUCACACACGCUCCCGUACCCAUCUAUUUGGGAUGAGCUAACGUUCAAUGACAACAGCAGCCCGACUGUUGAAAUCAGCACUUUUUGUCCAUAAAAUGAUAAAUAUCCAAUGACAACAGAGCAUUUUGCAAAGUAGGUGACAAAUACAGCCACUGACUCAAAGGGAGAUGUCCUGAGUGGAGAGACGGGCUUAACCACUGGAAUUCACCAAGAGAACAUUUAUAAACUCACCUGCAAGAAAAGUUCCAACUUCCCCCUAAACUUCUAACUGUGACUGAAACCAAUGGGAGAAAUCGGAGUCACAUUGCACAAGUCCCACUCCUUUAGAAGCACUUGGGGGCCACUGAGGUCAAGUUGCCUGGCGCCACUUCCGGAUCAGAGGGGAGGAGCGGCGAAUGCGUUCGACGGUGUCGCGUUUGACACGGUUAGGAAAACCCGGGCGACGGGUUGUUGUUGUUGUUGUUGUUGUUGCUGUUGCUGUUGUCGUUUCGUUUCUCCCCCACGUCUUGAAGGGAACAGAAGAGUUCUCUCACAAGACACCGGGUGUGUGUUUCAGGGGCCGGGCGUCCGACCUGCCAACCUCUGGAGCGUUUCCUCCCCCCGACCUGCUGUGUGUGUGUGUGUACUGUAGCUCCGUGUUCAUGUGAAGAUCUCAUCAUAUGUUGUUUCCCUCAUCGACUGUGACACCUGGUCUAGUGACGUCACCUCCUCUCACUUACGAGCCCCCACACACACACACACACACACACACCCACCCGUCUUAGGUGGAUUCUGCAGCGGCCCCGAGCCCUGAUGUUGUCCUGAUGUUUGUUUUAGAAGUGGAGGCCGGUGAAACUAACAUAAUAAACCUUGUAUAACGUGUUUUUAUUUUUUAUUUUUCUGAAUUUGACCCCCCCCCCCCCCCCCCCCCCCCUUGGACUCUUUGGUCUGUUUUUCUUUGGAAUGGUCACGACAGCACUUUCUGUAAAUUGGCCAAUAAAAACUUGUUUUGGAA